GAGCACGGUCGGCAGCAGCUUCGGCGCCGCAGCGCCGAGGCGCGGGGAGCGGCUGCUGGGGGCCAAGGACGCCUUGCUCUCCGACUCCAACCGCUCAAUCGGGCAGGCCGCCGCUCUCCCCGUGCCGGGCCGCCGCGCCCGCCGGCCCGCUAGCGGGCCGCGGCGGCGGGCGCCCGCGGGCUUCGACCUCGCCGAGAAGCUGCCGAGCGCGGGCAGCCCCCCUGCCGGGCCGCAGACGCUCCCGGGCAGCGCCCACGUGCCCUCGCCGCCGCCUCCGCCUCGGCGGCGCGCCUUCGAGCAGCCGCCCCACGUCGCGAGGAGGGCCAGCCGCACCUCCAGCGGCGGGUCCUGCUCGAGCCAGUCGAGCGCCGGGCAGGGCGCCUCCGCGGGCCUGCCCUUCCAGCACCAAGGCGGCGGCGACGGCGCGCUCGGGGACGGGCCGAUCCACGAGGCGCACGCGGACGAGCCGCAGCCACGGCCGACCUUCUCGACAUGUUCGCCGUCGGUGUCGCCGGUGCCCGGCCCACGUGCCGCACUGCCGGCGAUUAUGCGGCUCAGGAACAUCCCCUCCUCGCCGGAGCCAGACAGCAACGCCAGCUCCAGGUUCGGCUCGCCCGAUGGUUCUCCCAGGCAUUCCAAGGACCUGCCGCGCUGGCAGCAGGAGCAGCUCGGCAGGCUGAUGGCCAGGCGGUCCUCGGACCCGGCGCGGGAGACCACCAGCGCGCAGGAGGAGCAGGCUUACAGAGCGAGGCGCCAGUCCAUGCCGAGCAUGGACAAUGCCUUGCGCAAGGAAAUUCGGCACCUCGGCGCGGGCGAGAAGAUCUUCGACCUGUACCAGUGGAGCCAGGAGGAGGUUCUGCAGGAGGACGGCGACGGGGGCAAGGUGGUGGUCUGCAGGCCGAAGCUGCCCGCGGGGCUCCAGGCCGCCGCUGCGCCGCAGGCGUGCGUGAUGAAGAUGCGCGCGAAGGGGUCGUGCGCGAAGGACGGCGAGGAGGACCAGUUCCGUAUCGCCCACCUGGCGUUGCUGAACAUGCCCCCGCACCCGGGCAUCCUGGCGCCGCGCGAGGUGCUCGAGGACCAGAAGCUCUACUACAUAGUGAUGGACAGGGCCAGCGGCGGCGCCUUCUUCGAGGGGCUGAUCCGAGACCACCAAGACGGCACCAUGCCACCGCACGCCGUCAGAAGGCUCCUCAUCGAGCUCCUGCAGGCCGUCGGGCACAUCCACAAGCACGGAGUGCUCCACCGCGACAUCAAGCCCGACAACCUGGUGAUGCACUUCGUGGACGACCCGCAGGCCCCCGAAGGCAAGGUCCGCCGGGUGGCCCUGAUUGAUUUCGACUUCGCGGACGUAGUUCUGGCCCGCGGCGGCGACCCCGCCUCGAAAGACCAGUCCUACUGCGGAACGUACCGCUUCAGCGCGCCGGAGACGUUCCAGGGGAAUUUCUCCCGCGCCAGCGACCUCUACAGCGUAGGCGUCAUCCUGUACCUGCUCAUGACGGGGAAGAUGCCGUACCCGGACGAGCUCUUUCAGGCGCUCCUCUCCUACAGCUCCAGCUGCGACGACGCGGAGCUCACGGAGGGGAAGCGCAUCAUGGCCGAGGUUACGGGCAGCAUGAGGCGGGAGCAGAUCGACUGGUCCUGCGGCGCGUGGUCGGCCCAGUCGUUCUGCAGGGAUUUCUGCCAGAGGAUCCUGCAGUACGACCACUCUCGGCGCUUCCAGACCGCGGAGGAGGCCCUGAACCACGAGUGGCUCCGCUGA